AUGAAACACUGCUUCAGAUUCAGUAUAAAUCGCCUGCAUGUAUUUGAUGUAAAUAUGAAGAGCCAGAAAACAGCGCUUCUUCUUGGAUCAAUGACUGUGGGAAUCGUGAUGGUCCUGCUUGUGAUAGACUUUGUUACUCCUAGCAGGAGCACGCUGAAGCCAUCUGGCCUUGUUGCAAAGGGCAGGAUGUCUUUGUUUGGCGAAAAGACAACGCCGGGCAGAUUCAUGAGCCUAUCAAGCACGGACAAGCUCGACAUCAUCAAGGAAAGAAUGAAUACUGUCAACAGAAAGCUGGAUAGAACACUCGAUAUACUCAGGGAUAUCAGGUUCUCAAGAGACACAGCGAUGCCAAUGGGCAUGCAUGAAGGCCUUCCCAUGUACACUGGGAAUGCAAUUGAAAGUCAUCCAUACUACGCUAUCAGUAGGCCAUACCAGGCAAAGCCUGCGCCGAAUCGGAUGAACGGCUUCAAUGGUGAGAGAGAAGACGUGCUUGGAAUGCUUGAUAGGCCGGACAUAUAUGCCUCGCCAUCAAGCACUGAACAUUACAGACGUGUAGGUGCUGUUCCAAGCACAUCGAUCAAAGGAUUUGAAAACAUUAUUGGGCAUGACAAGUCUGAAGAUGAGAGUGGAACGCCGAGCGAUGAAAACUUCGAAAAGCUUAUAGGAGAGCUGUUUGGCGGCAAUGUCACUGGAAUAGCAUCCAAGCCAAAACAAUCAAGCACGAAUGAUCCAAAUGUCACUGCAGAUCAGAGCAUUAGCAUUGCAAGCAAAAAUGAUGAAACAGUAGACACAAGUACGAAUGGUUCACAGGGCAUUACCGCAAAGAAUGCUGAUGCUGCAGACACAGAUAAUAUAAAUGGUACUAAGGUGAUUGGCGCGGCAGAAGGCAAGAAUGAGGCAACAGCCAAUGAAUCUGACAGUGCAAAGCUAGCAGAUAGCACAGAUGCAACGGCAAACAAGCAAAGCCAGCCCGUGGGAGAAAAUUUGAAGAGUGAUGCAGAAGGCAGCAAUGUGGCUGUGAAUACUGGUAUUCCUGGAAAUGAGUUGAAUGUGUUACCGCCUGUAUCUUCCUUGGGUGCCCUAGCUAGCGUAUCAAUAUAA